UGAUUGGAGUGCCCUCUGUAAGCAGGAUAAUGACCUAAUAUAUAUAAAUAUUUUGCGCUGUAUCUGUAUCGAAUUUAGAGGUUAGGAAUUAAAUGUAAGCAAACAAUUGAAUAAAGUCAUCUUUGCAAAUCAAACACGGUGUUGAGAACUAUUAUUUCAGAAACCCUUUACCAUAAUAUUGUUAUAAAAUGCUUUCGUCGAUAGUGAAGGAACAUCAGCAACAACAAGCCGUCAGAAAAGAAAAACAAGAACAAAAGCGUAAAGAAGCUGUACAAGCAGCAAACAAUUUGACCCAAGCCUUAGUUGAUCAUUUGAAUGUUGGGGUAGCGCAAGCAUACUUGAAUCAGAAAAAACUUGAUGCAGAAGCCAAACAGUUGCAAACUAGUGCUACAAAUUUUGCAAAGCAAACACAAUCUUGGCUUCACUUGGUCGAGUCAUUCUCAAGUGCUUUGAAAGAAAUUGGUGACGUCGAGAACUGGGCCAGAAGUAUUGAGGGUGAUAUGAGAACAAUCGCAACUGCCCUAGAAUAUUCUUAUAAAGCUACGCAAGAAAGCCAAGCAUCCACUUCUGCAUAAGCGUCAUCCGUAAAAAUCAUUCCUGCUGUAUGUACAUAUAUCAUUGUAUAAGUGUUCUCUUGAACAAUAUACAAUACUAAAGAUUAGUUAAGUUAUACUAUGAUAUCAAAUUCCUUUUAAUAUUAUGAUGAAAUGAGAUUUAUUUUUUGUAUAUACUAACAUUAAAUUCCAAUUUAUAAGUGA